AUGUUCCCCUCCAGCGGCUCGCGGCGGCUCCUGCUCCUCAUCCGCCGCUCCGGCGCCGCGGCGGCAGCCGGCGGCACGAAUCCCCUCCAGCCCCGCGCCCUCCUCGGUCACUACUACUCCCCUACGCCCCUCGCGAGAUCCACCAAUGUGGACACCACCUCCUACCUCGUCGCCUCCGGCGGCCUCUCCCCCGACGCCGCUGCCGUGGUUUCCCGCUGGGUCCGCAUCCGCUCCACCGCCAAGGCCGACGACGUCCUCGCCCUCCUGCGCCACCACGGCUUCUCCAGCGCGCACAUCGCCCAGUUGCUUCGCAAGGCCCCGGUUAUCCUAAUCACCAACCCUGAGAUCACCCGACCCAAGCUCCGGUUCUUCGACUCCCUAGGCGUCGGCGCCACCGUCCUUGCCCAGUCGAACGUCCUCACGAGCAGCCUCAACAAGUUCCUCGUACCCUGCUUCGAGUUCCUCCGCGGCAUCGUCGGCACGGACGCCAACCUCCGAACCGCCUUCUCCCGUAAGCCGUGCUCCCUUCGUGGAUUGGUCCAGAAGAAGCUGCGCCCUGCCGUGGAAAAUCUCCGCCGCCACGGCCUCUCGGAUGAGGCCAUAUCGAAGCUAGUCGUCCUUAAUAUGGGCGUCCUCGGCAUGGCGCCCAACAGGAUCGCCGCCAUCUUUGAGGACCUUGAGGCGCUUGGCCUGCCCCUCACGGACCCCCGCUUCGUCCGGUGCUUCGCUCAUGGCCAUGGGAACAUCCAGAGGAAGCUCCUCUUCUUCCAAGACGAGCUGAAGAUCGCUCUGCCUCAGUUGAUUGCAGUGCCUAGAAUCAUGACAUUCAGCAUGGAGAAGAAUAUCCUCCCGAAAUGUGCUGUGCUGAGCCUGCUAAUGAGGGAAGGGAAGAUUCAGAGAGGCAUAAAUCCGCUUGGUCGUUUGCUUGGUCGUUUGGGCCUAUCUGCCAAGAAUUUCUCUGAGAGUUAUGUGAAGAAGUAUGAGAAGGAUGUACCAGAUGUUGUUAGGGCAUAUGAGGGGAAGCUAAAAUUCGAAGGGUGCUCUCUCUCAGGUGGUUCACAGCCUAAAAUCUUGACAUUCAACCUGGAGAAAAAUAUCCUCCUGAAAUGCGCUGUUCUUAACGCGCUGAUGAAGGGAAGAUUUGGGGAGACAUCUGCCCAGUCCUUUGGGUGCGUCCAGAAAGUUUUCACUGAAAGGUAUGUGAAGAAGUGUAAGAAGGAUGUUCCAGAUGCUGUUAGGACAUACGAGGGGAAGAUUCAAUUCAAAGGAUUCUUGGAUCAGGGUAUUGAAAUUCGCUAA